GUUUGAUCACGUGACCGUCGCUAUCACCACUGACAAACUAUCAUGGAGGCAGGCGUCGGGGUCACGACAGGAACACACUGAUAUAUGAAAGAAGAACAAAUAUUGGUGUUGACAUCCUGACACGUGAAAUAUGGCUUCAAAGAAUUUGUCCGACUCCACCCCGCUGCCUCCCAUAACAUCACGAAUAUCGACUGACCCAGAGGCUGACCUUGUAUCAAACAAUGACAGUGACAGUGAGACUGAUUUACAACUACAACGACCUGGGAGCUCCUCAUCAGAAGUAUCUACCUCGUCUGCAGCGUCCUCAGCUGCCCUUGACCAGCCUGGAGAAGGAAAAUCACGCCCAGCUGUUGUCCGAGGAUUCCGACGUGAAUCCGACGUAACUGACAGAGUCAUGAGUCGUGAUUCACCAGGCUCAGGCAGACGGGGAGUGUCAUUUACACCAAAGGGUGGAAAAUCCAAGAAUCUCACAGCAAGGGAGACAACCAAGCGUAAAACGUAUGAUGGUCGUGAAAUUGUAUUUAUUACCCAAGAUGUACAAACGGAUUGGGACUGGGUUCAAGAGGUGGAGCGGACUGGCAAAGGGAAGCAACUCACAGCAAACGACAAAUCUAGCAAACUCAAACCAAAGCCAAAAAAACAAAAACCAAAAAAAGUAAAACAGCUUGAUACUGAAAUAUACCUACUGCCGCCAAAAUCAGGCGCCAUCUCUCCACAUGGUAAACGAGGAUCAAAGGAGGACCUGGGAGGUAGUUCUGAUGAGGAAGGUCGUCGAGGUAAGACUGAUGGACCCGAUGGACAGAAGAAAGGAAAAGAUGGAGUGAGCGAUGGUAAGAAAGAUGACAAAGCAGGUGGCAGUUCAUCGUACCCGUUCCCCGUCGAUGACGAGUUUGGAAUACCGAUGUUAGAACUCAGUAGUGAUACAGACUCGAGUUCUGAUGAGGAUGCAUACAACAAGAAAACAACAGAUGAUCGGAAUUUUAUGCCAAGCAUUGGACCUCCACAGAUUUUACAGUAUAUCCGGGAAUCUGAGAAGCAGGAAGUAGAAGUAAACGAUCCGGGGGCACUGGAGCUGGUCUCAGAGGAGGAAGAGGAUUAUCCAGUUGACGAACAAGGCCGUUCCCUCGGUAUGCUGGGAGGCCAGUGUGAGUUCUGUGAUAAGGACAUCAUGCCCUUCCCAUCACUGGAACAGCAGCAGAACCAGCCCCCAGAGGAGUUAUACUGUUGUAACCAGUACAGGGAAUUCGUCGAGUAUGCCACCAGCCAGGCGGCCGUCAUGGAAGAGGAACACAGGAACAAAAACAAGAUGAUUAGUAUCAAAUCCCAUCCCCGCCACGGGGACAAACAGGCGCGACAGGCUGCUCGGGAACGUGCGGAGAGGAGGAUCAGAGAACGAGAGAUGCAGCGCAGGCAGCAGGAGGUCUCAGGCAUGCAACAACAAGCUUUCAUGGCAGGAAAAUCUAAAGGCUUGACCAGUCUCCACGGACAGCAGAUGUAUAAAGACAGCGUUGCCCGCCAGAUGAAGACAAUAAACUACAUGUUGUCCUCACAGAGGUGUUUGGAGGAGGGCUGGACUAUCCGUGCCCCUAGCCCGCUAUUACCGGAGGAACAUGAGGACAUUUUUGUCCCUGAGCCCCUUAACCCAGCUAUGAUAGCCUCAGGAAAUUUGUAUGACCGACCUCUUAUAGAGAAGUUCUAUGAAGAUGGACAGAAGUUUCUCACCAUGUUCCCUGAUGGAACAGGAAAUGUUUUUUAUCCCUCUGGAAACCUUGCAAUAUCAAUCUCUUCUGUGACCCUUGGUCAGUACACUUAUGUUGUACAGGAAGACACAGAUCGGCCAGUCGUCCUCUCCGUGUUUGAACCCAAUGGAUACGCCACCUGUUAUCAUCCGAACAAUGUUAUCAGGCUGUGUAUGGAGCCUAUAGGUGGAAUAGAACUUGAUCCCCUAGGGAACCGGAAGCGUCGAUGGAGCUGGAAGGACCAGGAGACUCAUGUGCAUGCCCCUCCCUUCCAGCCGAUCCACUUUGGCCUCAACAGGUACUUAGGAGUACGGGUGAUGAGCCAAGAUCGGAUAGCCCUCACACUUAGUGCUAAACAGCGAAGCUGUCGCUUCAAUGUCGGCGCUAAGCUUAAGUUAGUAAAUCCAGAAAGUAUUCCAACCAAGGAGCUGGACGACACUCUGAUAUUUUUAGAUGAUAAGAAGAAUCGUGUUGAGACCCUGUUGGACCGUGUAUCUACUCUACUCAAGUUCCCAAAGUCUCCUAAACUGGAAAAGAUCUUGCCACCUUUAAGUCUUACGUCCCGAGUAUCAAAGACGGAGAAAAUGAAAAAAGAAAGAGCUCAACAGAUCGCAGCUAUGGAGGCUAAGAAAACUAAACAGCCUGGCGUUGUAACUGUUAAUUAAAACUGACCACGUCGUAAUUAUUAAAACUGACCAUGUUGUAAUGGACUCGCCUAAUGUAUCGCAUGGUCGACUGGAUCGCGUCAUCUGUCUAAGGCUUCAGAGACCUGCUAGUCAUCUGUCUGAGACCCAGACAUCUCCGUGAGAUAAAUAAAUAUCACCCUGCUUGAAUUCA